AUCAACUAUGGCGUCCCUCUCGUAGUGAUGGAGCCGCGUCGUUGUCAUCAAAACACAGCUGUAGUUUAAAGUCAUUCAUUUGCCCAUUGGACAUAUUUUGAACUAACGAUGCAGAAGAUCAAGUCUCUGAUGGCCCGGCAGGGUCUGAAAAGCCCCCAAGAGAGCAUGGCAGACCUCAGUCCUGUGGAGAACCUGAGGAUCCCGAGCAAGGAGGAGCUGCGGGAGAUGAGGGAGCAGCCCAUUGACCCUCAGGCGGAGCAGGAGAUUAUCGACAGCAUCGAGGAAGUCUACUUCUCCAACGACUCCUUCGACAUGGUGCAGCAUGAACUGGAGAAACUCCCACCUGAGCUGAACCUGCAGGAGCUGGAGGAGUACAGAGACAAGCUGAAGAAACAGCAGGCAGCUGUUUCUAAAAAGGUCGCCGAUCUCAUUCUGGAGAAACAGCCUGCUUAUGUCAAGGAACUGGAGAGAGUGACGGCGUUGCAGACAAACCUGCAGCUGGCAGCUGUCAUUUGCACUAAUGCGAGGAGGCAACUGAGCGUGUCAAAGGAAGGAUUCACAGAGGCCAGCCUGGGCCUAUUGGCCAAUCAGAGAAGACGACAAUUGCUGACAAGCCUGCUCAAGUCGCUGAGGACCAUCAAGACGCUGCAAAGAACAGAUGUAAGACUGAGCGAGAUGCUUGAGGAGGAAGACUAUCCAGGUGCUAUCCAGCUCUGUCUGGAAUGCCAGAAGGCUGCCAGUACCUUCAAACACUACAGCUGCAUCAGCGAAUUGAAUUCCAAACUACAAGACACUUUGGAGCAAAUAGAGGAGCAGCUUGAUGUCGCCCUGUCGAAGACUUGCAAGCACUUUGAUGUUGCGCACUACACCAAGGUCCAGCUGGCCUAUACACUCCUGGGCAAGACACAGACCGCCAUGGACCAGCUACACAUGCACUUCACCCAGGCCAUCCACAACACUGUGUUCCAAGUGGUGUUGGGAUAUGUGGAGUUGUGUGCCGGCAACGCUGAUACCAAGUUCCAGAAAAUGCAGUACAAGGACCUGUGCACGCAUAUCACCCCAGACAGCUACAUUCCCUGCCUGACAGACCUAUGCAAGGCAUUGUGGGAGGUGAUGCUGAGCUACCACCGCACCAUGCAGUGGCACGAAGAGCAUGACAAAUUGGAGACCACACCCACCCCAGAUGGUGCGGCAGCAGCAGAAUCUGACGAGUUGGUGGUGGACCGCAGCUAUGUGAAGAAGAAGCUGGAGCAUGGACUGACCCGGAUCUGGCAGGAUGUCCAGUUGAAAGUGAAGGCCUACAUCCUGGGGACAGACAUGUCUAACUUCAAGUACGACGAUUUCAUAGUGGUGCUGGAUGUCAUCAGCAGGUUGAUGCAGGUGGGCGAGGAGUUCUGUGGCAGUAAGUCGGAGGUCCUGCAAGAGUCUAUCAAACGCCAGAGUGUCAAUUACUUUAAGAACUAUCACAGGGCACGACUGGAAGAGCUGAGAAUGUUUCUGGAAAAUGAGACGUGGGAACUUUGUCCAGUCAAGUCCAACUUUAACAUCGCUCAGCUCCAUGAGUUUAAGUUCAUGGGGCAGUGCCGCUCCCCGUCUGUUUCCCCGAGCAGACAGGCUGUGUCGUCCACCAGCCAUGCCCAGGAGGAGCUGUCUCUCUUCCAGCAGUAUCUUCAGGAGGGAAACCCCUUUGAGAUGCACAUCGAGAACAAAGAGGAGGAGACGGAGGAUGUGCUCGCAUCUAACGGGUAUGAAUCCGAUGAGCUGGAGAAGAGCGUGUACCAGGAUUACGACAGUGACAGUGAUGUCCCCGAAGAGCUCAAGCAGGACUAUGUGGAUGAACAGACGGGUGAUGCCCCCCUCAAGAGUGUAUCCCGAGAGACUAUGAGAAGCAAGAAAAAGUCAGACUACAACCUUAAUAAGACCAAUGCACCAAUCCUCACCAACACCACCCUGAACGUCAUCCGACUUGUUGGGAAGUACAUGCAGAUGAUGAAUAUUCUGAAGCCGAUCGCCUUUGAUGUCAUCCACUGUGUGUCCCAGCUCUUUGACUACUACCUGUAUGCUGUAUACACCUUCUUUGGACGCAAUGACAUGUAUGAGUCAUCGGGUCUGGGCCUUAUCAGCAGCAGACUGAGAACCACACUGAACCGGAUCCAGGAGAGCCUUAUUGACAUGGAGGCAGUGGGGGAAAAUGCAGGAGUGCAUGGCCCCUCAGAGGACAAGAAGGAGAAAGUUCCCAGCCCCCAUCUGAGCCAACUAGUGGUCCUUACUAACAGUGGGACUCUUUAUGGGCUGGCACAGAGAGUGGUGGCCACCGAGUCUCUUGUGUUUUUGGCCGAACAAUUUGAGUCCCUUCAAUCCCACCUGGACACAAUGAUGCCUGCAGCCAAGAAGCCCUUCCUGCAACAGUUUUAUUCCCAGACGGUGUCCACAGCCAGUGAACUGCGGAAACCAAUAUACUGGAUUGUGGCAGCCAAGGCCAUUGACUAUGAACAAAUGUUGCUGAUGAUGGCUGGAGUUAAAUGGGACAUUAGGGAGAUAAUGUCACAGCACAAUGUAUAUGUGGACGUCCUGUUAAAGGAAUUCGAGCAGUUUAACAAGCGUCUUGGUGAUGUUUCCAGACAUGUGCGCAUCCCACUGCCCGUGUCUAACGUCUUGUGGGAGCACUGCAUUCGCUUGGCCAACAGGACUCUUGUAGAGGGCUAUGCUAAUGUGAAGAAAUGCAGCAAUGAGGGCCGGGCCCUGAUGCAGCUGGACUUUCAACAGUUCCUGAUGAAGCUGGAGAAGCUGACCGACCUGCGGCCAAUCCCCGAUAAGGAGUUUGUUGAGACCUACAUCAAGGCCUACUACCUGACCGAGAACGACAUGGAGCAGUUCAUCAAGAAUCACAGGGAGUACUCCAUGAAGCAGCUAGCCAACUUGGUGAACGUUUGCCUGGGUUCACAUAUAAACAAGAAGGCCCGCCAGAAACUUCUGGCAGCCAUUGAUGACAUUGACAGACCCAAGAGAUAGGCUGAUGGACAGACCACCAAACAGUAUAAACCAGCCCACAGAGACGGACACUCCAACAGAGAAACUCCCAUAGCUACACUCGAGGUGGAGCUCAGCCUAGAAUGUCUUCACUUUCAGUUUAGAAAAUACAUACAGGAGUUGAGGUGCGUUCAACGAGCUGCACACAGUACAUACAGUACAGUAGUAGAGCUACUGUAUACAACCAUUUAAAGCUCAAAUGUUAGCUUAUUGCUAAUUUACCGUCAAUCUACAGUCCUUUUCUGGCCAAAACUCACUUGUUGAAUGCACCUCAUGACAUAAUGAUGGACAUCAUACUAAAGCUGUAUUUCACACUCAAGCAUGCUGCAGUUACUCUGUUCAUUGAUAUACCAUAAUGCAUGCCUUCAUAUUUCCAUGCUACAAACAUGCAGCUUACAAAGUUUUUCUGCAAACUGUCUGUAUGUACUAUAUCAUAAAGCACUUCGGUGACAAGAAACAGAAAUUCGGUUUGUUUUUCAGAUAAACUACUAGAAAUACAUCUAACAGUGUAGUGUUUAUUAUCUAAUGUAAAGCCUUGAUCUCAUGAUUGAAUGUGUUCUCCUGAUGGGGAUAGGGUAGAUCUGGGUUAUUGUUCACUUUAAUCAUUGAUUAUCCAUUAUCCCAGCUGAUGUAUUUGCUGUUUAUUGUUUCACUUCAGGGUAUUUGUUGUGCCUGACUGGAUUCUGUGCUUCUUUGUUUUGUUUUGUUAGUUUUUUUUUUCCACGAAUGACAUAAAUAUAUAAUAUAAUGAUGAUUCUGAAAAUAAUAUAAAUUGCUAUAGUUAGCUAUUUAGAUUGUAUCUGCACCAGCUGCACUUGUUUGUUUGCCAUCUGUCAUAUCUGAGGAUGAAAUUACUUUUCUAUCCUGGGGUGAGUUUCAGGCCUUCUUGUUGAACAGUGAAACAUUGGCUUAUUUUUUUGUUUGUCAGUUUUGCAGGUUAGUGCAGUCAGGCACUGAUUAUGUGAUUUCUCAUGAGUUAAUAGUUGAACUGUGUCGACUAUAAGAGCCCACCCACCCCCACCCCUAUACCCCAGUCAUCUCCAUUGAUUUAACUUGACUAAUUCUGUCAAGAAGGCAGAUUGGAUUAACGUCAAAAGGAGAAAAAAAUGAAGUUACAGUUUUAAAUACUGCUUCAUAUUUUGUGUGUAACUAUUCCAAGAAGAAUACUGUAAAUGUGAAUGUUUUGAACAAUGUCUAUAUUUAUUUCUUGCUUUGUGUCUUGUUUGGGUUUUUAUAUAAUUAUUACUGGAAGUGUGCUGUCAUUUAUCACCUCUCAGUAUCGUGUAACUUAUCAACCGAGGCAAAUGCAAAUAUUUAAACAUUGUCAAAAUGAUGUUAAGGGUCAAGUGCACUAUAGUGAAAAUCAGUAAUCAGUGUUGGAAUUGUAGGAUGAACCAAAAUGAU